AUGACCCUGAAAACUAGGAAUCAAACAUUGUGGAAAGUCCUCUCUGCCGCGGCGCAGAGAGAACUUGUUCCCCCGCAGCUCGCUUCUGCGUUGCAGAAUCUGACGUAUAACGACAAGUAUGUGAUAAAUUACGGAUUUCAUGACGUCGACUACGACACGGCAAUUCAGGAUUUUGUCGCCCUCUUGGAAGAUCUCGAGGCAGUUGGGCUCCACACCGAGGUGAGAGCUGGACAUGACGAGUCCCUCUUGGUCUUCGUCAGAGCCCCACGAGAGAUUCUCAGUAAUGCUGUGUAUAAAUCAAGAGUGAGAGACUGGCUCUACGGCGUCACUGCUGUACAUCCAGACAGCGGAAGCCAUUCCACUGUUGAUGCUAGAUAUGAGGCGGAAGACCUUCUGUCUAUGUAUCAUUUGUUGAGCUGGCCCAGAGAAAUGGGCGGCGCUGGCAUCACACCAGGAUAUGGACUUUUCAGAAACGUGACGUCGUACUUUCCACUUCAUAAUCCUCGGGCCAGCGGAUCAUUGCUUAGACGUCUCGGCAAGAAACCAGUCCUUAGAGACGAGGACUUUGACUUGAUUCGGGACUUGUUCGGCUCAAAGGCAGCGUUUUACUUCGCAUUUAACCAAACAUAUAUUCUCUUCCUCUUCUUCCCGGCUUUUUCGGGCUUGUUAGCAUGGGCAUUUCUGCCGCUGUAUUCUUGGUUUUAUACGAUUCUAACUGGGUUAUGGUGUAUAGUUUUCAUUGAAUACUGGAAGCUAAAGGAGACCGAUCUGAGCAUUCGAUGGGACGUCAAAGGGGUCGGUAGUCUCAAGACCGAUCGGCCUCCCUUUAUCUUCGAGAAACGGCUGGUGCAAAUCCCUUUUAUGUUACUUGCUACAUUAGUUUUGGGGGCUUUGAUUGCUAUGGCACUUGCUAUUGAGGUUCUUAUCUCCGAGGUAUACGAUGGACAGUAUAAAUCGUAUCUGGAAUACCUCCCACCUACGCUUCUGGCUAUAAUAAUGCCAUGUGUCAGCCAGUUCCUCGAGCGCACUGCUACAGCCCUCACUGGAUUCGAAAAUCAUAGAACCGCGGAUUCCCACGAGCAGUCGCUGGCGCAGAAAGUGUUCAUGCUAAACUUCACCACUCUAUAUCUCCCUAUUUUCCUCACUGCCUUUGUCUACUUUCCAUUUGGAAGCCUCUUUGUCCCACGACUGAAAAGCUUCUUGCAUUACAUACAAGGAGAUACUGCCCGAUUUGUUAAAAACCCCUUCCACAGCGACAAAAACCGAUUACAGCGCGAAGUCAUUACGCUUACUAUUACUGGCCAAAUCACACACUUUGGCGAAAAGUUCAUUAUCCCUUUUGUCAAACAAUAUAUCCGCUCCUGGUAUCGCAACUAUCGUGUCUCGCAGUCCGCCGCCGUUCCCAUAGAGCGCGUCGUCCAGGACCCCCCCGAGGAGCAGGCUUUUUUGUCUGCCGCCCGCUGUCAGGCUUCUCUCCCUCCGUACGACGUGCAGGCCGACAUCUCACAGAUAGUUCUCCAAUUUGGAUACCUCGCCCUCUUUAGUCCCGUCUGGCCGCUGGUGCCGAUUGGGCUCCUAAUUAAUAACUGGAUCGAGUUACGCUCUGACUUUCUCAAGAUAUGCAUCGAGCAUCAGCGACCUGCGCCAUUACGGACAGAUGGUAUCGGCCCUUGGGCGCAGAAUCUGUGGUUCCUGACUUGGCUUGGGAGUAUCUCUACUGCGGCGAUUGCCUGGUGGAAACUACUAAUCACGAUCAUCAUUAGCGAGCACAUCUCCUUGGCCAUGAGGGCCGUGGUGCAGUCUGCUAUGCAGAGAAUUGGGCCGAAACAGGUCUGUAAAGAGAGCGAUGCAGACUUCGUGAAGAGGAAGAAGUAUUUGGCCAAGCUGGAGGCUAAUAAGAGCGAGAUUCUUGGACUCGGGCGAAAGAAAACGGAGCGCAUUAGGUCUAUUUUGAUGACAGACGGGAACACGUUCUGGACGAGGCAGGUGGAUGAUGGCAAGAGUAAAUCGGUGGGCGUUCAGAUUAUACAAACCCUGAGAAAGAUCGACAAAGGGUGCGAAAAGGGCGGUAAUGGCAAAGUUGACUCAUAG